AUUGAAGAAUAAAGAAAUUAAGAAAGCCAUUUUACGUGCCUGGUUGGGGAAAGGAAACAAGCCAGAGACAGCCCUUUCAGGGAAAUCCAGGCAAAAGUGAAGGAGAAGGUGGAGUGGAAGCUGGAGUAUCCAACAAACUAUAGAAGAAAUCCAAGAAGAAAGCAACUAAAGUAAAAGAGUAUGGCAAUGGUGAAGGAAAUUCUCAGAUCCAGAAAUCUCUUGUUAGUUGUUCUCAUUCCGCUUCUACUGCUUCCUUUGCCACUCUUAUACCCCAGCAGUGAAGCCUCAUGUGCCUAUGUGCUGAUUGUGACGGCUGUGUACUGGGUGUCUGAAGCAGUACCUCUUGGUGCAGCAGCCUUAGUUCCUGCUUUCCUAUACCCACUUUUUGGAGUCAUGAAGUCCAGUGAGGUAGCUGCUGAAUAUUUCAAGAACACAACUUUGCUCCUCAUGGGUGUGAUUUGUGUGGCAGCUUCUGUAGAAAAAUGGAAUCUCCACAAGCGAAUUGCCCUACGCAUGGUCAUGAUGGCUGGAGCAAAGCCAGGCAUGUUGCUUCUUUGCUUUAUGUGUUGCACCACGGUGCUAUCCAUGUGGCUUUCCAACACAUCCACCACAGCCAUGGUGAUGCCAAUUGUGGAGGCAGUGCUCCAAGAGCUAGUGAAUGCUGAGGAGGAGCAUGAGGUCAUCAGUACUGCAGGCAGCACCACUACUGAAGAAAACAAGCCAAUAGGUCUCAGCGAAAAGCAUGGCCAAGCUUCACUGGAGCUUAUCUUCAUCAAUGAGGAUGCUACUACCACUGACUUCAGCUCCUUGAUGCAUACUAAGAAUAUCAAUGGCGUGCACAUGAUAGCCAACCCUAUUGGAACGGUGAAGUCCAAAAGCAACGGGCAGCAUCUACCUCAGGCUCAGAUACUGGUCCUGCCUCCUAAACCCACAGAACUGGACUUGAGCACUAAAUACCAGUAUCAAUCCAGACAUGACCAUAUGGUCUGUAAAUGCCUCUCACUGAGUAUCUCCUAUGCUGCAACCAUUGGAGGGCUGACGACCAUCAUAGGGACAUCGACUAGCCUCAUAUUCUUAGAGCACUUCAACAAUCACUAUCCAAAUGCUGAAGUGGUGAAUUUUGGGACCUGGUUUUUAUUCAGUUUCCCCAUCUCCCUCAUCAUGUUGGUCCUGACUUGGUUCUGGAUGCAUUGGCUGUUCUUGGGUUGCAAUUUUAAAGAGACAUGUUCUGUGAGCAAGAAGAAGAAGACCAAACGGGAAGAAAUGUCAGAGAGAAGAAUUCAGGAAGAAUAUGAGAAACUGGGAAAUGUUAGCUAUCCUGAGAUGGUGACUGGGUUUUUCUUUAUUCUGAUGACCUUGCUUUGGUUCACUCGUGAGCCUGGCUUUGUACCAGGAUGGUCAUCUUUUUUUGAGAAGAAAGGCUACCGAACUGAUGCCACUGUCUCUGUAUUUCUUGGUUUUCUCCUUUUCCUGAUUCCAGCAAAGAAGCCAUGUUUUGGAAAAAGGGAAAAAGGAGAAGGUGAAAGGUCAACAGACAUUAACACGUUCAAUCCAAUCAUUACCUGGAAGGACUUCCAGAAGACCAUGCCCUGGGAGAUUGUAGUGUUGGUUGGAGGUGGUUAUGCCUUAGCAGCUGGAUGCAAGACCUCUGGCCUCUCCACAUGGAUUGGACGCCAAAUGUUGUCCCUGAGCAGCCUUCCCUACUGGGCUGUAACGCUGCUGGCCUGCAUUUUGGUGUCCCUGGUAACAGAGUUUGUUAGUAAUCCAGCAACCAUAACUAUCUUUCUGCCUAUUUUAUGCAGCAUGUCAGAAACCCUGCUUAUCAACCCCUUAUAUACCCUGAUUCCUGUCACCAUGUGUAUCUCCUUUGCGGUGAUGCUGCCAGUGGGCAAUCCUCCAAAUGCCAUUGUCUUCAGUUAUGGGCACUGCCAGAUUAAAGAUAUGGUGAAAGCUGGCCUGGGUGUAAAUCUGAUUGGUCUAGCUGUUGUCAUGGUGGCAAUCAACACAUGGGGAAUUAGACUCUUCCAGCUGAAUACAUUUCCAGAAUGGGCAGCGGUCAGUAACAUCACUAGCCAAACAUAA